AUGGGUUCCUCUGAUAUAAAACUUAUAGAAAGGCUGAGAAACGAGAAUUUGGAGCAGUUUUUUACAUUAGUGCGCAUGCAUUUAUCUUUUGUGGUCGACAUUAAUACUGACGAGGUCGAUUGUUCGGCGGAUAAACCAAAGCAGUUCAGGUGGAACUUUCACAAAAAGACUAAAACACAUAGUUCUAAUCUAGUAUCUAGUCAAAAUAAUGUUCAUAGUACAAAGAAAACUGAAGAGGCUAAUUCUAUCACAGAAGAGGGAAUUUUGAGAUUGUAUGAGUUGAUAGAAUUUCUUUCCCAACCUGACAAUGUUAUACAAGAGGGUAUAUUCCGUCGGACAGGCUCACUAAACCGUCAACAAGAGUUACGUCAGCUCCUCGUCACUGGCUCAAGUCUUGGUUUAGAUGAUAGCAAGUUUUCUGUUCACGAUUGUGCCUCUGUUCUCAAAGGGUUCUUGGCUGAACUUCCCCAGCCAUUACUUAUGGAUCAGUAUUAUCAAACCUACUGCACAUUGGCCUCUCAAUACCCGCCUAAUGCUGAAUCUUCAGAGGAAAAACUUUUAACUGCAUUGCAGUUAUUAUUAUUGCUUCUUGCGCCAUCUCAUAGGAACUUUCUAGAACGUCUACUCAGCUUGUUGCAUCUGGUAGCUGAUAAUGAAGCGAGCAAUAGAAUGUCGCCGGACACAUUAGCAACAAUGUUCACACCACAUUUAUUGUGCCCAAGAAAACUAUCUCCGGAAACCUUCCACGCUGAUUCCAUAGCGCUGUCUCCUCUAAUAAGCUUCAUGAUAAGGCAGUGUUCCCGUUUGUUCCUAGCUCCAAGUCGUUUAGCUACUGAUGCGGCUGCUUAUUUCACUGUACGUGAACGGAAGCGAGCUAUGUCCCCGGAUGUUGAUUUGGAUGAGAGCAUCACUGACCGAACAGCAGCGAACACAGUGUACACGUUCGUCGACAGGCAUCGAACCCGCGCUGAGAACGAGAUCAAUCCUACCGACACCGCGCUCGCUCAGCUAUACGCUCACAUACACUCACUACCAGACUCACACCACAAGAGACGACUCGUGAAACACUUUAACAGACAGAAUGGUUACGGGACACCUAUACAAAUUCAAAGGACAGGCAAAGUUGCCGGAUCGAGGAGUUUUGGGGAUUCCAUCAAACGUCAUAUAUUCAACAAGGGUUUACUGAACAAAACACCAAAGAAAGGCUCCGGCUCAACGAUUAACGUUAUCGAAGAAAAAUCUAGCAAAUGUAAGAGAUAUACGGAUAACAAAAAAAUAGAUGUUUCCCAUAAGAAUAUUGUAUUAAAGAACUUGGCUAACAAAAUAGCGAGUUCCGAAUCAUUGGACGACGAUUACGAUUCGGACGCUAGCAAUGAAAGUACAUUAUCGGAGGGCGCUUUGAAUAAAUCUAGGAGACUGAGCCCGAAAUUCGUUUCCGAACCUAAUUUGAGCUCAUUAGAUUCGAACGAGGAAACGCCAAAAAAUACAAAAACACGUUCGAGAUUAUUCAGAUCGAAAAUUACUUCGAAUACCAAAAAGUAUCAAAAACGUUCAGCUAUCCGAAGCACGCCAACCUGCGUGUCGUGUGUAGAGGACGACGAUUCGGAUGAAGUUCAAGAGAAAAGUCUAGAUGUAACGCCAAAGAAAUCUAAGCUUAGUGCUGAUGAAUUAGAGUUCAAAAUGCAUUACCUAACAAGCACGCCGGGAAUGUCGGAACAUAUAGACGAUGAUUGCACCACGCCGUACACAGUUAAUUUCAGAAGAGCCUCAAUGUCACCUAUAACUAAAUCGACCCAAAAACUAUCCAAAGCUAUGCAGGAAUCUAUAAUGACACCUCGUUCACGAAAACCUUUGAUAAUAACAUCCGAACAAACAAAUAUACAAGAAGUGGAUAAAUAUGAAUCGAUGUCUCCCAAAAACGAUAGUGACUUUGUUUCUUCCGAUGACGAUAGGUCCACGUUUAGUUUUGAAAGGUCGAAUCAUUCAAGCGUAUCACAACAAUCUAAAGCCAUCGAGGCGCGCGGCGAUUCAUCGACCGGUGUGAGUCCAUUGAGAUCGGAAAACAGGAUAUUUACAAACAGCAAUGAAAAAAUAAACAAUACAACUCUCUGUAACAGUGACAUGCCGUUCAAAACGUCAUAUGACAUUAGUUACAAAACAAAAUCUCUAACGGAACCAUUCAAGGAAUAUUUGAUAAGUAGAUCGGUACUAACGGCGAGUCCGAUCGAUUUAUCGAUUUUAAAUAAAUCGGAUGCGGAAGAGAAAAUAUCGGAUUCGCUCAUGUACUGUCUGGAUGGUAAUAUACCAUCCGAUUUAACAUCGUCUGUAAGUAACCUCGCUGUUUCCAACGAUAAUCCGUUAAAAUGUAAUGUAAAUAUAGAUUUAAGUCCAAAAAAGAAGAUGUGUGUUAAAAAUUGUGUUUCCAUCGAAACGAAAAAAUCUAUGAUGGGAAAGGAAAAUAUUGAGCAGUACGAAUUACGCGAAACGGAUCUUUAG